CUUUUUUGUAUGCCAGUCUUUCAUUUUUUCAAUCGUUUUCUGACAUUGUUGCGAAUGGGCGGCGAACUCGUGCGAAACCAGACAUUCGAGGUUGCUCCGCGCUACAAGGAUCUGAUCUACAUUGGCGAGGGCGCCUAUGGCAUGGUCGCAUCCGCAUUGGACACAACCAACAACUCGCGCGUCGCCAUCAAGAAGAUCAGCCCGUUCGAGCACCAGACGUACUGCCAGCGAACACUGCGCGAGAUUCGCAUCCUGACUAGCUUCCACCACGAGAACAUUAUCGCCAUCAUUGAUUUCAUCCGCGCACCGUCUCUCGAGGCGUUCAAGGAUGUCUACAUUGUGCAGGAGCUCAUGGAGACGGACUUGUACAAGCUGCUCAAGACGCAGACGCUCAGCAACGACCACAUUUGCUACUUUACCUACCAGAUUCUGCGCGGCCUCAAGUACAUUCAUUCGGCCAACGUCCUGCACCGCGACCUCAAGCCCAGCAACUUGCUGCUCAACACCAACUGCGACCUCAAGAUUUGCGAUUUCGGCCUCGCCCGCGUCGCCGACCCCACCAAGGACCAUGCCGGCCUCCUCACCGAGUACGUGGCCACCCGCUGGUACCGCGCCCCCGAGAUUAUGCUCAGCAGCAAGGCCUACACCAACUCUAUCGACACAUGGUCGGUUGGUUGCAUCCUCGCCGAGAUGCUCGGUGGACGACCGCUCUUCCCCGGCAAGCACUACCUCAACCAGCUCACGCUCAUCCUCAACAUUGUCGGUACUCCAGCCUCCGACGAUCUCGAUUGCAUUGGCAACGAGAAGGCUCUUGCCUACAUCCAGUCCCUUCCUGGCAAGCUCAAGGUUCCGUGGGAGUCGCUCUUUGUUAGCGCCAAUCCCCAGGCACUUGAUCUCCUUGACAAGCUCCUGACAUUCAACCCGACAAAGCGCAUCACAAUCGAGGAUGCUCUGGCUCACCCCUACCUUGAGCAGUACUACGAUCCCACCGACGAGCCUGUUGCUGAGCGACCGGUUAACGUUGAUUUGGAGUCUGAAACCUGCUCAAAAGAAGUGCUAAAAGAAUUGAUGUUCCAGGAAAUGCUCAACUUCCAUGCAGCACGAAGCGGCGCUCCUUCAGCUCAAUAAGCCUAGAGCGUCUUCGUGCCCCCGUGUUUUCGGGUUGUAGCAAUUCUCUUUGAAUGCUACGGUUUGCUCUCGCGGGGUCGUUUUCAUAUUUCUGGUCCCGACUGGGACUUUAAUUCCUGCCUAUUGGUCUUGCUGUGUGUGUUUUCUUCAAUGUGAUUUGUUUUGUUCAAAAACAAAACCAAAUCGGAUUGCUCUAAAUUCGCAUCACAAAUCAUGAUAGCUG